AUGGCCAUGGCUUCCACCGCCACCGCCGCUGCUUCUCCCCGCCUCGCCUUCCCUCUCCUCUCCGCGCCGGCCUCCUCCUCGUCGUCCUCCAAUACGCUUCGCUUCCCUCUCCGCCGCCGCCGCGCCUCCCGCCCCCUCGCCGUAGCCGCCUUCAAGAAGCUCUCCGAGGCGUCCCCCGUGCCCAUCCCUCAGGAGCCCACCCAGCCCCUGGUCGACGAGGACGCCCUGCCCCCCAAGCCCGGGGUCUACGGCGUCUACGACCCCGCCGGGGAGCUGCAGUUCGUCGGGAUUUCGCGUAAUGUCAGGGCCAGCGUCGAGGGCCACCGCCGGAAGGUCCCCGCUAACCUCUGCGCCUCCGUCAAGGUCACAGUAUCAGAUGAGGAGACACCAGAUCGAGCUGCCCUUAAUAAUGCCUGGAAAUCAUGGAUGGAAGAACAUAUAGAAGCCACUGGCAAGGCGCCACCAGGGAAUGUUGCAGGAAACUACACCUGGCUGACUGUUCCACUAGAACAGCUGAUAGACCGGUUGGUGAAGGAGAACAAAGUGGUAGCCUUCAUCAAAGGAUCAAGGAGUGCUCCCCAGUGCAGAUUCUCACAAAGGGUGGUGGGUAUCCUGGAAGCACAUGGAGAGGAUUUCGUAACUGUUGAUGUGCUUGAUGAGGAACACAACCAUGGGCUAAGAGAGGCGCUGAAGACAUACAGCAACUGGCCGACGUUCCCUCAGAUUUUCGUUGGCGGGGAGCUCGUGGGAGGCUGUGAUAUUAUUUCAUCCAUGGCUGAAAAACGGGAGCUUGCUGCCCUAUUUCAGAAAUAG